AUGCAUGUCAUGCAGCGUUUAAAACAGUCAUUUUUCGCCAUUUUCUCAGCUUGCUGCUUCUUAUUUUUUGCUCAAGGCCAGCCACAGCCUUGUGGCGGUGCUGCUUUUGCAAGGGUUGGAAAUACCUUUUACAUUCAAGGCGGAGCCACGUCAGGCGAUAACUUACUUCAGCAGUUUUGGGCACUAGACCUAACCACUUCAUGGUCAACCAGUCAGCCAGCUUGGGCAAAUCUUCCCAUUGGGGAUGCAAAUGCAUACCAUUCCGCAGGUUAUUCUGCUGACAACAAGAGUUUUAUCACAUUUGGGCGCGAUACUGGCGCAGAUUCAAAUGCAGUUCCUUCAUCAUGGAUCUACAUUUUCGAUAUCGCUUCCAAUAGAUGGGCAUUCAAGUCUAACCCUACUGAACUGAAAGAUAACUCUCGCCGUGAUUUCUCGGUCGUAACGAACCCGAAAGCAAACAAGAACUAUAUUUUAGGUGGUGAUGCUGGACCGGGCGGUGAAACCUAUUCAAAUGACUUUGAUAUCUAUGACCCUUCGACAAGAGUGUUGAAAGAGACUACGACACCAUUAUCUGGACCACAAUAUAUUGCCACCUAUUCAGCAGUGUGGGUUCCAGGAUUGGAUGCCAUGAUGGUUAUUGGAGGAACAAACCUGAAUAAGACAAUCGUUCGUGGUGUGUAUUUAUACCAUCCGGAGACAGAAGUAUGGGCUUUUCAGGCAACUACUGGGUCAUUUCCUUACAUCCUGUUCUCCGCUUGUGCUGCAAGUAAUGCUAAUGGGUCAUUGGUAGCAGUCUUUGGAGGUUUCACGGGGGAUGGCGAUGCCGAUCCAAAUGUAUAUAUGCUGGAUACCAAAUCAUGGGCAUGGACAGCCACACAGUAUUCAGGGCGCAGCCGAGGUAACACAGCUUGCACUAUUGUCGACGACUCGCUCAUCAUUUGGGGAGGUUUUUACAUGAACCCCAAUACUCUCAACGGUGUACCUACGGCGGCUGAGGCGCUAUUAUUAUUUUCGCUCUCCAGUAAGACGUGGCUAUCGAAGUACACACCCUCGGAUGCUCUCGCUGGAGCCUCAAAAGAAGGAACUAAUGUGCCUAGAAAAUCAGGGUUAUCGACAGGAGCUAUUGUUGGAAUCGUUGUUGGUUGUGUUGUAUUGAUAUUGUUGUUGGCUUUUAUACAAAUGAAAAGACGCAGAAGGAACAAGAAGAAGCAUGAAAAUGCAUCAGGAGAUAUGGGGGAUGUAUCAGGUACUGGCCAUUUUAGUGGAGAUAUGGUGGAGCAUGGACAUUAUAAUAAUCAAGGGGGACCGCCAUCCGUUUCGAAUCUUCAUACGAUGAAGCACAGCCCUGAGGCUCUGCUGAACCAUAGACGAAGCACUGAUGGGAGCCCUGCUGGCAGCACAGGUAAUCCAGAGCUCACCACGCCUACAAGUCUACAAUUCUUGAUGACGGGCUCAGAAUACGGAGGAAACGGGCAUGAUGGAUCAUUCAGCACUAAUGGGGAUUACUACAACCUGGCUCGGCAAUCCUAUCUAAGCGAUACAACUUCGGGAUCUGCCGUACCCUAUUACCCUCCUCCACCCCGGCAACAUGGGGUGAUAUUAGAAGAAGAGCCCUCUGUAUACUCCAAGGACAUAAUAGUUGAUUCUGAACACCGUCCUAAUGACCCUCAGACCAUCACUAAUUUCAGAGGAUACUAUUCGCCUAACAGUUAUGGAGAAGAAGGAGACCAAUAUCAUGAUUCUUAUGGUAUGAAGCAUGCCUCCAUGAUAUCCUCAGGGUCUGAUUACCUUAAUGCAGUCCCAUCGUCACCGACCUACCCACAAGGAUUUAAUAACAACUAUAGCCCCGGGCUACCUUUACCAGGACCACUUAAGCCAAAGAGACCUGUAAGUGCACCACAGGGUGGAGAGGGGUUUGGAUCAAUGCUCGAGGUCACACCAGGAGCGCCACAGGCUAUUUUAGAGUAUCAGUCAUCUAUUUCCCAGGACCAACAGGGGGAAAAAGAGUAUCAACACGAGGAGGAGGAGGAGGAGGAAGAGGAAGAGAAGCAGCAGCAAAUGCAGCAACCACAGGAAGUAUAUUAG